AUGAUAGACUUGGAAGGAUUCACUCCCAAUCGGACCCAUGACGCUAAGUUUAGGCCGGUUGUCGUCGAGGGCCACAACUGGCUCGACGUUACCGAGAUUCGUUACACCGUUUUUCUGCGUGGCGGAGACGGCAAGUUUUAUUUCGAUAGCAAGGACUCUACGCACAUCGCAGAAGGGACACUUUUCCCUACUGUUCAGAUGGAUGAUGUCGACCACAAGCUCAUGGAGGGCGCUGCAAGACUGAAGGCAUGCACGAUAUCUGUAAUGGAGGACCUCGGGGUAGAGCAGAACAAGUUGCCACUUGCGCGUCAAUUCAGACUAGAACUGCAGUUGAACUGGGCUGCUGCGUCGAACCAGGUUUCGAGCGCAAUCUAUUCACCGCUCACUUGCGCUAUAUUGACUGGUUCCAUUCAACGAGUGUUCUUUCGGACGUAUACUCGACUCAGGUAA